AUGCUCGAAGAGUUUGACUUUAUCAUUUGCGGAGGCGGCACCGCCGGCCCUGUCGUCGCCGCUCGUCUGGCGGAAGACCCGAGCAUCAAAGUCCUCCUGCUUGAGGCAGGCAAGGAUAGUAAAGACAUGGAUAACAUGCACAUGCCCGCCGCGUAUGUACUCGAGCCAUCAUCUCUUAAAGACGAUCACUGA